CCCCAAAAACACCCACGACCCGCGAACUAUGUCUUCGUGCGGUUGUACGAAUCCGUUGAACUAUGGACCUUAUUUGGCGAAUAAUUGCGGUGGAAAUAGUUUUGUAUUGUUUAUGGCUCUAGUAGAUGCGAUUAUAAGGAAUACUUGCGAUAUAGGCGACGUUUGCGGACGAGUACAUGCGUGGAAACAACCUCGAGAUGAAUAUGAUUAUAUAGUUAUUGGAGGAGGAACAGGUGGAUCAGCUGUUACUGGAAGAUUGGCAGAAAAUAAAACACACAAAGUUUUACUUAUUGAAGCUGGUCCCGACGAGCCGGAAACAUAUCAAGUACCUGGUUUAAUCCUAUCCUAUUUUACUAAUCCACUACUUGAUUGGAAUUAUAGAACCACGGAUGAACCAGUCGCUUGCCAAGGAACUAAUGGCAGUUGCCUUUGGCUCAGAGCUAAAAUGUUGGGAGGAUGUUCUGUAAUAAAUGGUAUGAUGUUUAUAGUAGGUAUUCCACCAGAUUUUGAUAAGAGAUGGAAGGGAGAAGGAAAUCCUGGGUGGGGCUGGGAUGACGUACUACCAUUUUUCAAAAAAUUCGAAAACAAUUUGCAGAUAGAACUGUACAGUCACAGAUACCAUGGUGUAAAAGGUCCAGUGACAAUUUCCACCCAAUAUUAUGUACCUGCUUUGGCAGAAGCGGUGAUUCAGGGAGCUAAGGAGGCAGGUUUUCCCAUAUCACAAGAUUUAAAUGGGGAAAACUAUCUUGGUUUUGCUAUUCCUCAAUCUUACAUCGAAGACGGUGUCCGUGUCAGUAUGGCCAAAGCUUAUCUGAGACCUCAGAGGCUUAACAAUAACUUAGAUGUUAUGUUAAACUCAACUGCUACUAGAAUCUUGAUAAACAAACAGAAAAAAGCUUACGCGGUUCAGUUCAUCUACAACAAUACUACUUAUACCGUUAGAGCUCGAAAAGAAAUCAUUUUGGCUGCUGGUACAAUCAACUCACCGAAGAUUCUGCUACAAUCCGGUGUAGGACCUAAAGACGCUUUAGAUAAAGUUGGAAUCGAACAAAUUCACAAUUUACCUGGAGUAGGUAAUAAUUUAACCAAUCACGUUGCUUUCGGUCUUACAUAUUGGAUUAACAGCACUGUGGAAUCUAUUAGCGUCACGUGGAAAACACUGACAGAUUACCUCAAUUCCAGAACGGGACCACUUGCUAGCUCAGGUUUACCAAUUACCGGAAGGAUAUAUACAAAAUACGCUACUCCAGAAGAUCCGGACAUUCAACUGUAUUUCCAAGUAUCCAGUCGCAAAUGUUCCAGAACGGGUGAUCCCGAUGAAGAUGUCGAUCCCAAACAACCAAAAUCAAUCACAAUUAGCGCUGUUAAUUUACAUCCGAAGAGUCGUGGAAGGAUCACAUUAAAAUCCGCCAAUCCUUUAGAUCCACCCGUUAUGGUGGGUAACUAUUUGACGGUUAAAGAAGAUGAAGACAGAGUAUUAGAUGGUAUAAGACUCGUUCAGAGAUUGGUGAACAGUACAACUUUGAAGGAUACGUGGAAAUUUACUUACGCCGAUAAAGUUUAUGGAGAAUGUGGAGAUAAAUACAGCUUUAAUACUGAUGAAUAUUGGCGUUGCGCUAUUCGCCAUACCACUGAUCCAGAAAAUCAUCAAGCCAGCACUCUUCGCAUGGGUCCAGUAUCCGACAAAUGGUCAGUAGUCGAUCAGAAACUAAGAGUUAUUGGUAUUAAAAAUCUUAGAGUGGCAGACGCUUCUGCAAUGCCUGUCGUAACAACUGGAAAUAUUAACGCAGCUAUUAUAAUGAUGGCAGAAAGGUGUGCCGACUUUAUCAAACAUAGUAAAAUCCAAGUUUAAUUUAGUCUUGAAUAGUUAUUUGGAAAAUCCGUCUUUCAUUUUUUUAAACAUUGUUACUUCUGGAAUUAUCUUCCUAUUAUUCCCAUUCUGAAAAUAUUUAUUGAAAAUAAUUUGUGAAAAUUUUAGAAUACAAUAAGUUAAUUAGGUUCGUCUUAAGAUAUGUUAGUUGUCAAUAUAAGAGGGCCGUUUUUUUUCAACCUCUGUACAUAUGCUACGCGGGCAUGUGCUGUAGGCGACUGCGAAGCUCUCGCACUACACACUACGCCAUUUUUGACAUUCAGGUGCCAGUCGGCGUUGUGCUACAACCACGUGAACAUGUCCGCCAUUAUUGAUGCUACCACCAAGUGUGAUUCGUUUUCUACAGGUUAAAGGCAAUAAUGCUGCAGAAAUCCAUCAGAGAAUGGAGUCGAAAGUUUAAAGAUGGUCACACCACGAAGGUUAAAGCAUUUAAAGUCCUUAAUAUGCCAUUACAACUUAUACUAUACUAAUUAUACUAUUUUAGAUAGGCCUAUUUAAAUAGCUGUCAUUUGAAAAAAACACACAUUUUACUUCUGUUUAUUGUGCCCAUCUCAUCUGAAUCAAAAAAAUCUUUACAACGCCUACAUUUCGCAAAGGUGAUAAAUUGUGGAAGUAGAUCUAACAGGGAUGCUGGAUGUUACAUUGUUCAAACAUAAACAGCAUCUUAACUGUCUCUCCCAGAAAACAAUGGCUAGAUGCUAUAAAAAAAAGAUUUGACAGAAAGCUAAAUUGGGUACUUUACAGCUGCCUAGAAGAAGUAUUCUCUUAAGUAUCCUCUGCUUCUUUUAUUUCAGGAAAACCAGCACAUUUGGAGGAUAGGUUAAACCCUGUUUGGGUCCCCAUUAUAAAAUAUGGGAUAUAAAACAUGCAAAACAUGAUAAAUUGUAAUGUAGAAAUUGUGAUUAUUGUAAAGUUCAUCACAGUUGUAGUUGGUAAAGUAAGAUACUCCAUAUAAUAAUUAAUCUUGCCUUUGUGAAAGGUUACCGGGGGAAAAAUGAGGAAGCCUACUUCUUUUCAAAGAGUACUUCUGUUCGUAGUCUCAACUGUAAUUGGGAAAAAUUUAAUUCAAUAUUAUUUUUUAUAAAAGAAUAUCUUUGAGUUUUAUUAGAAAAGACUGGAACAUCAUGUACAAAUACAGAAAAUGUUCCAGAAUAAUUUCUAUGUGAAUGUGCUUACUCAAGAAGUGCUGAGAGAUUUAUCAUCAGAAGACAUAUCUGAUUAUUUUACAAUAAUGAUAGAAAAUUUGGGAGCUUAUUUGAUAGAAAUGGUAGACUUACCUAAAAUGAAGAGAGAGAAAGUCCUUCAAUUUAUUUAUAUUAAUAAAAGUGCAGAGAUAGUUAUUGAAAAUUGCGUAGAGAAGGGGAAAUUACACAUUUUUCAGGUCUCAGUGAAUCAUCACCCCCUUAAGCAUAUAUAUAUCGUAAUUUUGCAAUAUAAUUACUCCAUCUUCAUACAGGGUAUUCAAAAAAUUUCAAAGCCAAACACAAACUAUUAAUACUACAUGUGAUUGUCUGUAUAAAAUGCUUUACCUUCAGUUCCUUAGACUUAUCUCCCUUUGAAAAUGACAUGACAGUAUUAGAGUAUAUCUCAUUUACAAACUUUGUACAUCCUGUAAGUUUGCAUUGAUACAAGUUGAUUUAUCUAGAUAACAGAUCAUAAUAGCGAACAAAAUAUUUUACGAAUUUUAUUUAUUUUCUGUCCUGCAUCCACAACACUUAUGACUGCAAAGAAACGAGGGUUGAUAGUAAGCAAUUUAUUAUUCCUCGCUUAUGUAAUGACUUUAUGUAAACUGGAUCAAAUCGAUCUGCUAAUUGCUUAUGCUAACCUAGAUCAACCACUAACGCAAGUCUAGAUUUCCAUAAUAAAGGCCGCUUCUAUUUUAGGGAGAACUUCAAAUUUAUUUUUAUUGUAUUACUGUUUCGUGAAUUGAUUUUUAUACCAAUUUUUCACAAAGCAAUUAUUCACUUAAAUUUCAGUUUUAUUUCAAACAUUGCUGUUUUUACUUGACUCAACAUCAACCUCUUUUUGCUGUGUCCUGUCAGCGGCUGACAAUCAGCUACGCACCUAGCGCCACCAUAGAGUUAAAAGGGAACUACAAUUAAAGCUUACCAUACACAAUAUAUCUUAUUUAUAUUUCAUCACUUCAUUAAUAUUAAAACGAAAAAUCGAAUCAAAACUUAACUUAACAAACUUCUAACAAAUUGAUAAACAUCAAUAAACAAACAAAUUUUACUUCCCUAAACCUAAUAGUUUAUUCACUAAUCGUUCAGAUAAGAUUUUACAAUUAAAGCGUUCCACACACUAUAUUUGAGUUUUGAUGAUAAAAUUAAUGAAAAAUUAGGACUUCUUAGUUUUGCGUUGGUUUUUGAAGAAGAUUUUUCUUCGUAUUACGAAAAAGUGGAGAGGGUGAAGUUAAUUAUGAAAUGAAAUCACUUCAAUUAAGAAUAUUAUUUAAAGCACUCAUGAUGAAAAAAAGAGUUUACGACAUUUUGAGUAUUUUUGGAAUCUCGAAAAUUUUUGCGAAUGAAAUUGGAAAGCUUGGAUCGGGCGAAGUGAACAUGAUCCGGAUUACUUUCAGAUAAUGAUCGAUUUGACUCGAUCAAAGUUUCCGGAAACCCAUUAUGGAAUAGUUUAUAGCGUUUAUUGUAUAUUUGUAAUACUCCUAUAUGGACAGUUUCUAUAAGUGGAAAGUGUUCCUAUUAAGUGAAACAAAUAGUGUAUUGUUCUCUCUCUCCUCUGGGCGCUUCAUUUAGUUAUUAUCUUCCCACCACUGAUAUUUUAGAUAAUGCGCAUUAUAGAUAAAGUGUCUCGAACGAGAGAGAAAAUGAAUACUGUUGGUACCGUAUCGUAGAGACGUUUUUUCCCAUAAAAAUUAUUCAUAUAGGAAUAUUACAUAAUAUGUGUAUUACUUAUUACUCAUUUUUCAUUUUAAUGCCACUGUUACAAUACUUAACCUAAUUUCUUGAUAACUAUUACUGUCAAAUAAAUGAACACUUUUUAAAAAUG